GGCAGCGCGUGCGCAGGAAGGUAGUUUUUAAUUGAGAAGAAGCGGCUGCCCCAGUGUGUCCCCAUUAUGGGGGUGACUUUAACCCGUUAUAACUGAGGGACAGUAGUAUCCCUCCCAGCUCGCCGUCUGUCUGAGGGAAGCGGCCGGCGAGUGUGGGCACUGAGUGUCAGGCCCAGGCCCAACCGGCGGCCACCCCCGCCCCCUCAGCCGGUUGAAAGCAGCGGCCUCCGCGGAGUGUGUCGGGCGCCUCGGGGCUGUGCUCGCUCUCGGCAAUGAAGGCUGUGUCUUUAUUCCCGGGGAGCGGCACUAACUGGCCUGGCCUGGCCUGUGCUGACAGGAUGGAGCUGAGCCAAGCCGCUUGGCAUCAGCAUGAAUAACUUGGAAUGAAAUGCAGGAGUUGUUAAAACAAGUACUGAGUCGAUUACAAUUACUUGAGGAAGGCCACUUCAGUCUACCAGAGACAAGAUACCUAAAAGCAUCAUUCAAUGCCCAACUCUGUGGAACAUCAGCCACCAAAGCCCACUGGAAAAAUAAAAAGUAUCAAUGUAAUUGAUGAGCUUGCUGCUGGUGAUUCACCAGGAACGUCUAAUUCAAAUCUUUUCUCCUGUUAUGGUACUCCCUCUUUCAGCCGAAAUUCUAGUGCAACAGGACAUGGCCCGUGGAUGUUUCCCGUGGUUAGGGCGCGGGAAGUGUUUUACAAUGUCUGCUCGGAUUAUGGCUUGCUGAGUAAGGCAAGCAUUAUUGCCAAUACACCAUGUACUUCCAGUGAUCCUACUCCAGUAAGAGAUGGAACUUCUUCAACUGAUUGUCCAGCACAUCAUUCAAGUUAUGACGUUGAUGCUCCGGAUGUAACCCAUAGAGGUAGCUUAAAGAAACAAGUUGCAAAAAAGAUGAAACCAUUGGAAAACCAUAACAAAAAAUACAAUGAUUCCUCUCUGUAUACAGUUCUGGAAGAAAUGAAACAGCGCAAAGUUUUAGAUCUUAGGAGAUGGUAUUGCAUCAGUCGUCCACAGUACAAGACUUCAUGUGGAAUCUCCUCUUUAGUUUCAUGCUGGAAUUAUUUAUUUAGUACAUGUGGAACAGGAAGUCUUCCACCAAUUACCCAGGAGGAAGCAUUGCAUAUCUUGGGUUUCCAGCAACCCUAUGAAGAUAUCAGAUUUGGGCCCUUUACAGGAAAUGCAACACUAAUGAGAUGGUUCAGACAGCUGAAUGAGCAUUUUCACAUGAGAGGCUGUUCGUAUGUUCUGUACAAGCCACAUGGGAAAAAUAGAACAGCUGGAGAAACUGCUGAAGGGGCUUUAAUGAAGUUAACACAAGGACUGAAGGAUGAGUCAAUGGCUUUCAUCUAUCAUUGCCAAAAUCAUUACUUCUGUCCUAUUGGAUUUGAGGCUACCCCUUUAAAGGCAUCCAAAGCAUUUCGGCAUUUUGUUUUGCCUUUUGCUUACAGAGGGAAGCUGCCCCUUGAUGAAAUGGAGUUUUGGAUUUUAAUAGGUGAACCAAGUAAGAAACAUCCAGCCAUUCACUGCAAAAAGUGGGCAGACAUAGUCUUAGAUCUCAACACUCAGAAUCCUGAGUACCUUGAUAUUCGGAAUCCUGAAAAAGGUAUACAAUGUAGAAAAACAAAAAAGGUUGGUGGAAACUUGCAUUGCAUAAUAGCGUUCCAAAAAUUGAACUGGCAAAAAUUAAGCACGUGGAUGAUGAGCAUUGGAAAUUUCCGGUGCGAAACACGUUCAAAGGUAUCAGACUGCAAGACCAGUAAAUCUGCCCUUUGUUUGGAAAGAGUUUUAAAUGAUCAUCAUGAACCAUCAGUGAAUGACAGUGAUGUAUUUCAGCAAGCAUCUGAAUGGAAGCAGGUCACAGGUCCAUACGAUUACAGAGAUGGUGGAUCUCCUGAAAGUGACACUGAAGAAGAAAGUAUUGAAUGAAUUUAAGUGUAUAGUUGAAUGUACUUAAUGUAUGAAAAGGUGUGACAUAAAAUGACUUGGGCAUGUUUUAAACUCAGAUUUAAGUAGGUACAAGUGUAAAGCAUGGUCUGGAAAAAUGUCAAAAAGGUGUUUCAGAACCUGAAGUUGAAAACUUAUAAUUGUGUAAUAAACAAUUCAUAGGCCGGUCUGUAUACAGAACUGUUGUGUAAAUGUCGGGAUUAAUUAGUGUAAGCAUAGUGAGGUAUUGUUAAAGACAAAUCCUGUUUUUAUUUUCCAUUUUUCAAAUAGUCUUUUUUUAAGAGGAAGGAGUUCGAAACCAUUGUAAAGAAAAAUAGAUGUAUCUCC